AUGCCACAUCCCAGCCUGCUUCUGAUCCUGUGUGUACUUGGCCGAGGCCAAGCAGACACGGAGAAGAUCGUCAACGGAGCGGAGUGUGUCCCACACUCGCAGCCGUGGCAGGUGGGGCUGUUCGAGGGCACGAACCUGCGCUGCGGGGGGGUCCUCAUCGACCGCCGCUGGGUCCUCACGGCUGCGCAUUGCAGCGGCAGCAGGUACUGGGUACGCCUCGGGGAACACAGCCUUAGCCGGCUGGACUGGACCGAGCAGAUCCGGCGCAGCGGCUUCUCCAUGACCCACCCGGGAUACCAGGGUGCACUGCAGAACCACGAGCACGACCUCCGGCUCCUGCGGCUGGGCACACCUGCCCGGCAGACCCGCAGCGUGCAGCCCCUGCCACUGCCCAGCGCCUGCGUGGCCGCCGGCACGGAGUGCCACAUCUCCGGCUGGGGCACCACCAACCAGCCAUGGAGCCCAUUCCCUGACCGGCUGCAGUGCCUCAACCUCUCCACCGUGUCGCACACCGCCUGCCAGUCCGUCUUCCCUGGUAGGAUCACCGACAACAUGCUUUGUGCCGGCGGCGUGGCGGGCAAGGACGCCUGCCAGGGUGACUCUGGGGGCCCGCUGGUGUGUGGCGGCGUCCUGCAGGGGCUGGUGUCCUGGGGUUCCGUGGGCCCCUGUGGGCAGAGAGGCAUCCCAGGGGUGUACACCAAGAUCUGCAAAUACGAACCUGGGGCCUGCCCUGCCCGCCUCCAGGCCAUGCUACUGCGACUCCUCACCCUGGCUCUGGUGACAGGGCACGCAGGGACAGAGACCCGGAUCAUCAAGGGCUAUGAGUGUCCCCCGCAUUCCCAGCCCUGGCAGGCCGCCCUAUUCCAGAAGACGCGGCUACUCUGCGGGGCCACCCUCAUUGCCCCCAGAUGGCUCCUGACGGCCGCCCACUGCCUCAAGCCCCGCUACGUGGUUCACCUCGGGGAGCACAACCUGCAACGCCCAGACGGCUGCGAGCAGACACGGGCGGCCACGGAGUCCUUCCCUCACCCCGACUUCAACAACAGCCUCCCCAACAAGGACCACCGCCAUGACAUCAUGCUGGUGAAGUUGGCCAGCCCCGCCUUCCUCACCCGGGCCGUGCGCCCCCUUGCCCUGUCACAGCACUGCGUCACCCCGGGCACCCAAUGCCUCAUUUCCGGCUGGGGCACGACGUCCAGUCCCCAGUUGCGCUUGCCCCACACCUUGCGAUGCGCCAACAUUUCCAUCAUUGCACACAGCGAGUGUGAGCGCGCCUACCCCGGGAACAUCACGGCCACCAUGCUGUGCGCCAGCGUCGAAAAGGAGGGCAAGGAUUCCUGCCAGGGUGACUCCGGGGGGCCCCUUGUCUGCAAUGAGUCACUUCAAGGCAUUAUCUCCUGGGGCCAGGAUCCGUGUGCUGUCACCCGGAAGCCAGGCGUCUAUACCAAGGUCUGCCGAUAUGUGGACUGGAUCCAGGCAACCAUGGAGAACAAUUAG